AUGGUGAAAAACUUCGAAGUGGUGUUCUAUACGCCAAUAUCGUGUUCUGAUCGCAGCACUAAGCUGUGUCAACUGGAAAAUGGGAUCCUGGCUUUGCUGGUGUCCGAUCCCGCAGAUUCUUUCGCAUCGUGUAGUCUUACAGUGGGAUCCGGUUCUCAUAAUGAUCCAGACGAGAUUCCAGGACUUGCACAUUUAUGUGAGCACGUCAUUUUAGCCUCAGGAUCCAAGAAAUAUCCCAUUGGAAAUCAUUACCAUGAGCUCAUCGCUCAAAAUGGAGGAUCCCACAAUGCGUACACUACCGGCGAAAACACGACGUUCUACUUUGAACUACCAGCAACCACAGACCAGGGCGAGUUGGUGUUCGAGAAAACAUUGGAUGUCUUCGUGUCAUCGUUCCAGAGUCCAAUAUUUACUGACCAGGUCAUCAAUAAGGAGAUAUAUGCCAUUGAAAGUGAACACAAUGUGAAUAAGGCAUCCGUGAGCAAACAGAUGUACCAUGCAACCCGUCUUCUGGCCCAGAGAAACCAUCCGUUUAGUCGUUUCUGCACUGGCAAUUUUGAGACACUCACCAGUCUCCCCGCUCUUCACAAGCUGUCUGUGAAGAGCUCACUUGCAGCUUAUUUCAAAAACUGCUAUCGAGCCUCGAAUAUGACAAUCUGUAUCAGAUGCUCCCAGUCUCUGAAUUUCCUGACAAAAAUUGCAGUGAAGUAUUUCGGUGGCGCAAUUGGUGGAUCAGGACCUACUCAGCGGCCCACUCUACCGCGCUCACCUUCUUCCAGAUUCCAAACUGCGAAAAACGACUCUCAUUUGCCAAACUUCAAGCUUGCCAAGAGGGAGUGGGCUCCAAAGUAUGGGGAUAAAGAGAUAUUUACUUCGUCUACAAACCUGAUAACGAUCAACUCGACCAAAUCACCCAUCAUGCGGUUGGUGUUUCCGGUCAGCCACAAUUCAACGCGACUUUCCAGCAGCACUUUGGUGCACUUAUCCCAUGUUUGGUGUGAGGUUUUUGGGGAGGAAAGCGUUGGAUCUUUGGCACAUUGUCUCAAAGCUCAGAAUCUUAUCACUUCAAUAACGUCAUCCGUGUCUCAUUUUGCCACUGGUGAGGAUGGUUUGAUCCUCGAGCUAAGCCUUACGCAGAGGGGAUGGCAAAGUGUUGAUACCAUAUUGAGGACUCUAUUUGAUAAAUACAUUCCUGAAUUUAUUCACGAUCAAACAGAAGGCAUUGCUCAGUAUCUUAGCGACAUCAAUGCCAUCGAGCUGCUCAAAUUCUUAUACCAGAGUACUGAAGUUUCUCCUAUGGAACUAUGUGCAGAAUACAGCACUCGCAUGCUUCUAGACAUGGAAGCUCUCAAUCCAGAAUGCCUGUUGAAAGGCUCCCCAUUGCUUGAGUGCAACAAGAUUGAGUCACCUAUUGGAGAAUUCGCAGAAUCUUCGAGAAGCAAAACGUGGUGGAUAGGACAAGCUAUUAUAUUUCAGAACUUCGUAAGUGACUUUGUCAACCGUCAUAACUUGCGACUCAUAAUGUUUGGAGAUCAGUCAAGUUCAACUUGGUUGAAAUCGAAAAGCACGUUCCUCAAUUCUGAUGUGAAUUACGAGUUUGAUUACUAUAAAGCAGCAAUCGAUAUGUUUUCCAUUGACGGCCCAGACGAAACCGUUGCGACGUAUUCUUACAACAUACCGCGAUAUGGACCCUUUCUGCCGUCCGCUGGUAAAAAUUUAGGCUUGAUAAAAAAAGCUUUGAAGGCGUCUUCAUUUCGCGCCCAAGAAGCCGCUUUAUCGCUAUUAGCUAAAAGCGAACUCAUGCAAAGCGCCCCUCGGUUGGUAAAUAAAAAUGCCAGGUGUGAGAUGUGGGUGAAAGAGGAGGAAUUUGACCUAUCUUUCAGGUCCAAGACGAUGGUAAGUUUCGAGGUUAUCAGCAAGUCCGUUAGAGGCUCGCCUUCUAACACAAUGCAUCUCGAGAUUUUAGGUCAACUUUUAGGAACUUCGCUGUCGUCCGAUCUCUACCCUGCCGAAAAGAUUGGCUACACGUACGAAAUGUCUCCAUCUAGCAAAGGCGACGUGAGAAUGGGGUUUACCAUUACAGGAUUCCCCGAAGGAGUGAACGCUUUGAUCAAAUUGAUCGUACUCCGUCUGAAAUCGUUGGCAAGUGGAGAUUGUAUCACACCAGCCGCAUUUCGCCAGGCUCGAGUGGCAGUCAGAACUAGCUAUGAGAAUGCUGCUUCAGAAAACUGUACUACGCUAGCUACUUUGGGACUGCUUAUAAUGUUGGAAGAAUGCAUGUGGUCGGUAGAGGACCGCCUUGAAGCGCUCGAGGAGAUUGAAGCUCUUUCCUUUCGAGCCUUCUGCGGAAGCUUCUUCGAGGGCCUGAUUUAUCUUAAUCUCUUUAUUCAGGGCGACCUCGUUUUCUCUGACUCGGUGUAUAACUUUCUGCUGUCUGGGCUGACGGGUGAUUGUAAAUUGGGACCUGAGUGUCUCGUUCAGGAGCCCACGACAAAAGUAUUAGAACCUGGUACAAAUGUUUUCAUCAAACACCAAGGUUCGCCUGACGACCCAAAUAAUAGCAUUGUCUAUUUUAUUCAAACGGGGGACCGCGACGACACACGCAUAUAUACUCUAACGAGUCUCACGGAGUAUAUUCUUUCCGUUACCUUGGUUCCGGACUUGCGUAUCAAAAAGCAAGUUGGGUAUGCGAUUUUCGGAGGGCUCAGGCUACUGUCAACGACGGUUGGGAUCCAUAUUACAUGCAUGUCAGGGUCUCCCCCUGAACAUCUAGAGUCGCAGAUUGGCGAGUAUCUUUCUUACAUGGAACUACACCUGCUAGCGACGAUGACGGAAAACAACUUUCAAGAGAUUUACCUGAAGAAAUUUAGGAGGAUGUGUCAGUGCGGCUCAGGCGACAAAUUACAAAAGACGGCUGGUCCGGCAGAUGUUAUGGGUCAAAUCGAGGCAAACGUACAAAGUGGAAAUCUGUCGGAGCAAGGCGCGUCUAUGCGGCUCCAUAAGCGCAUCAAACAUCAGAUUUCUACUCGCAGGUACAAUUUCGACGUUGAAGCUGAGCCCUUGGACGAAAAUAUGCUGAAAAGUCUCACUUUGAAGCAAUAUGUCAGGUUUUUCUGUGAAAAGAUCUCGAUAUACUCGACCAAACGAAGCAAAAUCUCUAUUAUGGUGGAGAGCGUAAUGAGCACGGAGGAAGUCUCGAAAAAACGCCUGUACUUGCAAGUCGAAAGCUAUUUGAAGCUCAAGGGACUGCGAAUAUCGCGGCAGGAACUAAGCAACAUCGUGAAUGCCUCGCAGGGCAGGCACCAGCGACUACUCAAGGAGCUUUUGAAAUAUUUUGUGGCCAAGGGCGAGACCCUGAAAGUGUGUAACCUCGCGCUCAGGGAAGUCUGCAAGACAUUAGUUUCGGCGAUGACCACCAACGGUGGUAGUGGUCGCUCUCAGACGUUGGUCCUUAUGAACGAAAAAGUCACCAAUGCGAUUCCCAUGGUGGAAAUCACCGACGUUAACCAGUACCGUCGACAUCGUUGA